UUCAACUUAAAAUUACUAAGUUUUUAGUUUAUCGAGUGUUUUUUUCUUCCAAUACAAGUAUUUCGCUGUUUUUUUAUUGAUGAUCUGUGAAUUAACCAGUUUGCAAGAUGUCGGAUAUGGACGAUGAUUUUAUGUGUGACGAAGACGAUGAUUAUGAUUUGGAAUAUGAGGAAGACACUAACUCUGAACCAGAUGUUGAUCUGGAGAACCAAUAUUACAACUCAAAGGCAAUGAAAGAAAAUGACCCGAAAGGUGCUUUAGAGAGUUUUCAGAAGGUCAUGGAAUUGGAAGAAGACAAAGGAGAGUGGGGAUUCAAAGCUUUAAAACAAAUGACAAAGAUAAAUUUUAAAAUUGGUAACUAUUCAGAAAUGAUGCAACAAUACAAACAACUCCUUACUUAUAUCAAGAGUGCGGUAACUAGAAAUUACUCAGAAAAGUCAAUCAAUUCUAUUCUGGACUACAUUUCAACUUCAAAACAGAUGGAGUUAUUACAGGAUUUCUAUGAAACAACUUUGGAGGCUUUAAAGGAUGCGAAAAAUGAUAGACUUUGGUUCAAAACUAAUACAAAACUUGGAAAACUUUAUUAUGACAGAGAAGAAUUUGCAAAAUUAUCUAAAAUCCUGAAGCAACUUCAUCAAUCAUGUCAGACUGAUGAAGGUGAUGAUGACUUGAAAAAAGGGACACAAUUGCUGGAGAUUUAUGCUUUGGAAAUUCAAAUGUACACAGCACAGAAAAAUAACAAGAAAUUAAAAGCCUUGUAUAAAAACUCACUUCAAAUUAAAUCAGCAAUUCCUCACCCUUUGAUAAUGGGAGUCAUACGAGAAUGCGGAGGAAAGAUGCAUCUACGAGAGGCUGACUACGACCAAGCACACACAGACUUUUUCGAAGCUUUCAAAAAUUACGACGAAUCUGGAAGCCCCAGGAGAACGACGUGUUUGAAAUAUCUUGUUCUUGCAAACAUGCUAAUGAAAUCUGGCAUAAACCCUUUUGAUUCACAAGAGGCAAAACCAUAUAAGAAUGAUCCAGAAAUCCUGGCAAUGACCAACUUAGUCAGUGCCUAUCAGAAUAACGAUAUUAAUGAAUUUGAAAAGAUAUUAAGAACGAACAGAAAGAAUAUUAUGGAUGAUCAAUUCAUCCGGGAACAUAUCGAAGAUUUACUGCGAAAUAUAAGAACGCAAGUUCUAAUAAAGCUAAUAAAGCCUUAUACUAGAAUACAUAUUCCUUUUAUCUCAAAGGAACUAAAUAUACCUCCGGAGGAAGUGGAAAGUUUACUUGUAUCGUGUAUCCUGGAUAGCACCAUACCGGGUAAAAUAGACCAAGUUAACCAACUUCUGGAACUCGACAAAACAUCACAGGAGACUGCACGGUUUACGGCGCUCGAUCGCUGGACAACACAACUCGAUUCUUUAAGCUCUGCUGUUGUGAACAAAAUAACUUAGAAUUUGCUAUAUUUUGUAGUUUGAAAUUUUGUUUAAAGAAAGCAAUU